GACAUGAAGCAUUACUUCCUGCGACUACGGAAGCUGGAGAUUGAAGACCAGGAUGCUUCAAGCAUGCCACUUUUUGCCAGUGCAUACAAGUUUGCGCACUUGGCGUGGGGGGCGUACGAAAAGCAGAAGGACUGGCAGACGCAUGGAAUCCUCAAGAUGGAGGACUUGAUUCUCCAACAUUUGCAGGGCUGGCGCCUGGUGGCCCACGAGCAGCAGGAUACCUUGCAGGCGGUGGACAAUCUCUGGCUUGUGCAGAGCGAGCAGACCCUGAAUUGCGUGCUCGUGUUUGAAGGGACCCACUCCCCCCAAGAGUUCGAAGUGAACCUGAGACCUAGCCUAGAAACAUACUGCGGUUUCGACAACGUUCACGGUGGGUACGCGGACAAGCUGUUCUGGCUCAUGAAAUACACGAUGCCGAAGCUCCGUCCAAAACUGGGAAAAUGCAAAAGCGUUGCUUGCACGGGACAUUCUCUCGGUGGAUCCUUAUGCGAAGUCUUUGCGGCAUGUGCAAAUUCAGGCAGGAAGGGCAUUCACCAGUUCGACGCGCAAGACUGGACAAGGACGGAUACGGAACUGAUGCCCAUCGUCAGACAGAAAGCUCUGUCACGAGACAACCACUGA